UGCCAUAUUAAACUCUGGUUGCUUUGAAGAGUACAGGUUAGUGGAAUGCAUUUUUAAACUGAUAUUUAAUUAUAUCAGUGGGUGACUAACUUGGCCAUGCCCUAUAUGGAGGAAAGGAAUUGAUGAUGAAAUGCAAAGGCACAGUGUCCUAAUGGUUAGAGAGCUAGUAGUGGGCUCUUGAGUCGAUCAAAGACUGUUGGUUUGAGCCUGUACUCUGCCAGUGCUUUGUUUCCUUUCUAUAGACAAGAAACCUUAAUCCACAUUGUGUAAUUCCUCACUUAGGUGUAUAAACGGAUACUGGUAGUCGUUUGGUAACAUCUGAAAAUCAGUACCCAGUGUGAGGUACUAGCGUCUUACCCAGGGUACUGUAGGUGGUAGUGAAGCUCCUACUUACUUCGUGUUAAAGAAACCAAUAAGCAUCAGUAUAAAUAUAUGAUUUGCUUGGCUAGUUAUUGUUUUGGACAGUUUCGUCAGUUUUCAUGUGGAGUAAUUUGAUUUUCUCAUGCAGUUAUUAAUUUAAUGGUAGCAAUAUAAUAGGUAUAUCUCUUUUAAAAUAUACUUAGAAUUUAUAUUGUACAUGUUAGCAACCUAAAUUAAUGUUAUCUUGUGACAUGUGAUAUAGAUAUUUCAAGUACAAGCUAAGGUACUUCGUUGGACUCCUUUGUGCCAGAACUCUACAAUGGUGCUGAUUGCCCCUUGUAUUCCAAAAAAAAUGGUGUGCUCAUUGAAAGUAUUGAGGCCUGCUUUGGUCUGGCAAGAAAGAAAGCAAAAGGUGGAAAUGCAAUUUCAUCAAGACAUGGGGAUCUACUGUUUAGUGAAUGCGAUAGAUUCCAUGCAGGUGAAGUCCUCCCUGCCCUUAUAAGUAAAGGGAAGAAUUGACUUUUUGAUGAGAAAGGUGUAUUUGGUAGAGUCUGCAGGCAUGAUUUCCCCAAGAAUAAACAUUAAAACAUGGUGAAAGGUCCAGUUUAGUCCAAUGCGAACACCCAAUAUAGGAUUGACAGAUGGUGAAGGUGUUGAAAGAUUUAGGUCUUACCUGUGUCAGUUCUCUACCAUCACUAAAGAAAUGUCUGUUGAUAAAAGAGUUGAUGUUCUCACUGAUGCUUUAUUGCAUUAUGGUAAACACUUGUUUUACAGAUUUGUUCCAACUAUGAUAGCAAGACUAAAGAAGGCAUCAACUUUGCUGUCUACAGUUUGUGAAGAAAUUAGAAAACUUAUCAUUGCAUUACCAGAUGGGUGUGACUUGGACACAGUAAGGCAGUGGAUGGACAAUGAAAUGGCAGAGAUAGUCCCAAGAGAAAAAGAUUUGUCUCUUCAGUGGGAUGAAACCUAUAUUGAGCUUUUGGUGACAGCUUCCAAACUAGAAUCCCAGAUUGCAUAUGCUAUUAAAGAACAAGAACCUUCCCAAGUAGACAUGCUGCAGAGAAAAAUGUCAAGGAAUGAGAACACCCUUUUGAGGUUGGAGAUAAAGCAUGGCAUCAGACUACGCUGGCAAGAAAAUGAUGCUACCUUUCGAACUACACAGCAGCGAUUGAGUAAAAAGAAGCGGACAUUGAAGUAGUGAGAUUACACAAGAUGGCAUCAAUGGCCUAGCCAUUGCGAUAAAAUUGGCCAAUCAGAUUCAAAGUGGUGAAUUCAAUGAAUCAGGGGCUUGCCACGUUGAAUAGACUGAUGGAAGAUGAGGUAGUCACGUUUGAGGACAUUCAAGAUCCAGGCGGUGACCUAUCCUGUGAACUUCAUUUUUCAAAUGAUACCAACAAUGUGCCAGCUGAUAUAAAGAAAAAGUUGGUACACUUGCUGUCUUUGGAAGGCAGAUGUAAGGAGGAACAGACCCUGGUGAAAGAAGAAAUGCUUCGAUUUGUCACGUUUAUUGCUGAGCAAAUAAAUGUCAUCACUUCUUACUUGGGUGGGGAAAAUGUGAAUGGAGGUCUGCGGUCACUCCUUCAACAGAAAGUUGAUGUCUACAAAAAGAACCUAAAGUUACUGAGAUGUAUGUGUGGAGACUCGG